AUCACUGUAGAAAACAGCUGAUUAUUUUGACAGCAUGCCAUUUUAUUGACAUUCUAUUUUUCUGUUUUCCAUUAUAUCUGUAGCGCAAGUCGCAAAUUAUUAAGUGUGUUAUGACUGUAGCUCGCUUGGCAAGGAAGUACGGAGCGGUUAUAUUCUUCCCCACAUUCACAGUAACAACGAUCCUAGCUGAUUGGACACAUACACGUGCUUGGAAAGAAGAGAAGCGUCAAUUGGCAAAGAAUAAAGAAUUGUUAACUGAUUAAUAUACCACUCGGGGACUAUACAACCAAUAACAACAUGAUUGGAUUGGAUAAACGUUAUGUUUGGGCUGUAUUGCCCUUCAUUGGUUUUGCAAUUGGCCACUUUUUAGAUAAAAAGGAAACCGAACGCAUGACAUUGUUUCGUGAUAAAAGUGCGCUUUAUGCUCGGCCCGCUGGUUCCGAGGGUAAGCCUCCUUCUUGGUAAGGAGUGAUAUACGUUGCUUUUAUAAGUAAAAAAUUGUCUACUUUAAGUACCCUUCUGAAAAUGUGAAAUAAUAUCGCUUGUGUUUGUAAUAAAUACGCAAAUGGUUUAAA